GUUUGGUUCAAAAACAGGAGAGCAAAAUGGCGGAAGCGGGAGAGGAACGCAACCGACUUUAAGAAUGGUUUCGGCACGAACUUUAACGGCUUGAUGCAGCCGUUUGACGAUGGUCUCUACUCCAGCUACUCCGGCUACAACAUGAAUAACUGGGCAACGAAGGUACCCAGCCCGCUCGGUGUCGGAGCUAAAGGUUUCGCCUGGGGGUUGAACACCGCCGUCAACCCUCUCUCGUCCGUCGUUCCCUCGCAGACGAUGUGCUUCAACAACCCGAACACGAUAUCAACGAGCAUGGUACAAAACAUGAACGUACCCGCAGUCGGAUCGAUGUCCAUGAACAAUCUGAACAAUCCCGGAUCCGGAUGUCCGUACGGCGCCGCCGCGCCGCCGUACAUGUAUCGCGAGCAGUGCAAUUCGUCGAUCGCCAGCCUGCGUCUGAAGGCGAAGCAGCACGCGACCGGAUCGUGGGUCGGAUAUCCCGGAAUGGCUUCGAUGGGUCCGAUGGGUCCGAUGGGGACGAGUCCGUCGCGGCCGCCGGCGCUGUCGGCGUGUCAGUACGCGACCGACAGGCCCGUCUAAUGUCGUCGGCAGCGUCGUCGUCAGUGGCGUUGUCAUCCUCGACUUACUUGUCGUCGUCGUCGGCGGCGUCAUCAUCAGCGUCGUCGUCGUCGUCGUCGACUUCA